UGAAAUCUAAGAACAACACUUCUGAAUUUCUUAUAUACGUGACAUUGAAUACCCUUAUGAGGAUAAUAUCGCAGUGGCUAGAUAAGAAAGCAUUUCAGAUAUAAAAUUUAAAAAAAUUAAUUAAACCUUUUAAUCUAUUGUAUGAUUAUUUGUUUAUUAUGUUGCUUAAAUUUUUGAUUUGUGUGCUUAGUGUUUCUCUUUCAUACGGUUUUGAGGAUGAUGUUGCACGCCGAUUACACGUUGAAGAGUUACAGUAUGAAAAUACCCUGAAAAAAUUUGACAGUUACCCUCCUGCAAAAGCUCCAGAAAAUGCCCAUUGCAUGUGCGAAAAUGGAGAAUGUUUGAGAGAUUCUUCUGGGGAAUUGAAAUGUGUCUGCUUACCAGAAUAUGGACUUUAUGAUUCAUAUCGUUGUAAAGCUUGCCUUUGUGGUCCAGGAGCCAAUUGCACUUUUCAGAAAGGUUGGUUUAAAACAUAUGUAAAUUGCAUUUGCCCUGAAGGCUCAAAAAAGGGUGCUGACAACCGUUGUGAAGAUCCAUGUAAAAGUAAUCCUUGUAAAAACGGCGGGAAAUGUAGAGUCGAUAAAAAUGGUCUGCAAUGUGACUGUCCUUACCCAUAUUUGGGCAAAUUUUGUGAACAAGAUGUAUGCAUGGAGAAUCCGUGUCAAAAUGGCGGUUCCUGCAUCGUAGCUGAAGACGAAAUAGAUUGCAUUUGUAAACCUCCAUUUAAAGGAGAUUUUUGUGAAAUUGGUGCUUGUAUGCCAAAUCCUUGUAAAAAUAAUGGUUUAUGUGAAGAGAAAGGAAGUGAAUUCGAUUGUUACUGCAAAAUGCCUUUUUAUGGAAAGUUUUGCGAAAAAGAAAUGAUUCCUGAAUAUUCUUCAACAUAUGUUUCUACUAUUUCAACUGGAAAAAUCGUCUCAGAGGACUUCAACACAACAUUUUCUGAACCUUUUAACUUCACGAAUGAAUAUGAUUGGACAGAUGAACCUCUAAACUAUUCGUUGACUAUAAACCAAACAACCGAUAAUUUGCUCGAUUACUCAUAUGAAUUUAAUGACACUACUUCUGAGCCUUUUAACUUCACGAAAGAUUAUGAUUGGACAAAUGAACCUCUAAACUAUUCGUUGACUAUAAACCAAACAACCGAUAAUUUUCUCAACUACACAUAUGAUUUCAAUGAAAUUGCUUCUGAACAUUAGGAAAACUUGUAUGAUACCUUGUUAGAUUUCCAUCUAAAGUUAUUCUAAAUAUUUAUAUAUAUUCUAAAGUAUCAAAAAUUACAUAACUGGAAGUAUUAUUUCAUAUUCUAAACUUACUUUCUAAAAAUUUGUAUGAUAAUCGGAAAUAUAUAAUUUCUUUGUUAAAAAAUGGUUACCUAAUAAUGCCUUGAUAAUUAAUUAAAAUUCGAACGAGCAUGUAAACUGAAACAAAGUUUUGAUUCAUUCUAUUGUAUUAACAUGAAUGCAUAGAAAAAAAAUCCACUUAUCUUUUAUAUUGACUGCAUAGAAAUUGAGACACUUAGAACGAUUUCAACGAAGUAAUAUGAAUGUGUCAUUUAGGAUGAAUCUGACUAUUCUAUAUAGUGUUGAUAUUGGUUGUAAAGUGGCUGCGAAAUAUCGAGUAAAUCGAACAAUUCUAUAUAGGGCCAAAAUCGGAAAAGAUUCGUGAAUAUAGGGUCAAAGAGGGCCCAAGUUAUAUUGCUGCUAGUGACUUAUAUAUUUUUUUGCAUUGAGCAUAUCAUAACUAGUAACUACAACUAGUGUAAAAUAAGUUUUCCUUUUAGAGAAUUCAAGCGACAUUUUUCAGAUAGAUGUUUCCAGAUUAGUUUUUAUUAUUCUUUUUUAGUCUUUAUUAAUCUUUUAAUGUUUUUACACUCAUUAUAUUUUCUAAUUCACCAAAUUUAUUCUAAUCAACCUUAUUAUGUUUCUUCAACAUUUAUAAUGAAUGUCUAUAAUCUUCAAUAAAUUUCAAAUAUGUAA